AUGGCUGCAAAAAUCACUGAUCUUCUUCUCAUGCUACUCAUCUUUCUAAGUGAAUCAUGUGUCAUCAUCUUAGCAUUCAAUGUUGUUGAUUUCGGGGCAAACCCUGACGGCGUGACUGACUCUUCAGAGCCAUUUUUACGGGCAUGGGCGGCCGCCUGUGCCUCGCCGGAGCCGGCCGUCAUUUACGUGCCGCCGGGAAGGUAUUCAAUCACGCAAGUUAAGUUUGGAGGAAAGUGCAUGAGCAGAGGCAUUGAAUUCUUAAUCAACGGCACCCUGGUUGCUCCCGCCGACUAUAAUGUCAUCGGAAACGUGGGUUACUGGAUUCUGUUUGAUGGCGUUGACGGCGUCUUCAUUAACGGCGGCACCCUCGACGGUCAGGGUGCUGCCUUGUGGAACUGCAAGGCUUCCCGGAAGGACUGCCCCAAUGGCGCUACGAGUCUAGGGUUUAUCCAUUCCAACAACGUCAUGGUAUACGGGCUAACCUCCGUUAACAGCCAGUUGUUCCACGUCGUUAUCCUCGCCUGCAAAAACACGACACUGCAAGGGUUAAACAUUAUGGCCCCUAGAAAUAGUAUUAACACAGACGGCGUUCAUGUCCAGUUCUCGUCAGGUAUUACCGUCGUCGACUCUAAUAUCGGCACCGGAGACGACUGUGUAUCGAUCGGCCCAGGCAGUACUAAUCUAUGGAUUGAGAACAUUGUGUGUGGCCCCGGCCACGGAAUCAGCAUUGGAAGUUUAGGCAGGGAUUAUGAAGAAAAAGGGGUGCAAAAUGUGACGGUUAAAAUGGUUACCUUUAUAAAUACACAAAAUGGUGCAAGGAUAAAAACUUGGGGCAGACCAAGCACAAGUUUUGUGAAGGAUGUCCUCUUCCAACAUGCUCUUAUGUACGAUGUCCAAAAUCCCAUUAUUAUCGACCAGAAUUACUGCCCCUACAACAAAAGUAGUUGCCCAGGCCAGUAUUCGGGUGUUAAAAUUAGUGAUGUAACAUAUGAAGACAUCCGAGGAACAUCUGCAACGCAAGUAGGGGUGAGACUCGACUGUAGCGCGACGAACCCGUGCCGCAGCAUAAAACUACAGGACGUCAUGUUGACGUAUGAAGACGGACCAGCCGAAGCGUCAUGCGUUAACGCCGACGGAACAACUUCCGGCGUUAUUCAACCUAUGGCUUGUUUCUAAUCUAAUUAACACAACAACGUAUGUAGCUAAUGUAA